ACAAAAUAGAAAUUCAAAUUCAAAUUCAAAAAUCGAAAUCUUUUUUCAUAUACGAACGAAAAUAUUGUUCGGAUUUUUAUUAGUAACCACACAACCACAGACUUUCAUAUUAAGUAUUUAGUACAAAUUGAACGUAUGCGUUUCUAACCUACUACUUUAAGCAAGAGGUAAUUUAUCCGUCGUAAAAUUAAAAUUACAAUUUACUAUUUAUAGAUUCGUGUCAUCCCGGCGUUGUAAAGCGAGAACACAAUUCCUCCCAAAUGUUGACCCUUCUUGGCAAAGUGUUCCUCAUCGUGCCCACAAUUGUUUCACCGUUUGCCUCCAUAUUCGCCGUCAUUCUGGAGAUUGACGCGUCAAAAGAGUUUUCCGAGUUUCUACUCCCCACAGCAUUCCACGCCAAGAAAGGAAUCCGAAUUCUUAUCCCUCUCGUUUGGCGAAUGAUCGUUUUGGCCUGGCUCGAAUUUCAAUUCUUGGCCGCAGCCAACUUCCUUCUUCAAUUUGGAACCACUGUGUUCAAAACUAUGGAGAAAUUCAUACUAAUUCUGGGCAGAGUUAACAGCUCUUGCAUUCGAGAUCCAUCAGAUCCUGAAGAAUUAUUGAUAGCUAAGUUAUGGCCGAAUACGUCAGUCGCACGCGCGCGUAGCUUAAAGAUAAAGUUUUACCGAAUUUAUCAAAUUUAUUGGUAUUAUGUGGACGAAAAUUUUAACGAGCUACUUGGUGCACAUGGGUUAUUGUUUGGCGGGAUUUGUGAAAUCAUUGGAAAUUAUUUUAUUGUUCGAUUUUAUGGAGAACUUCCCUUCUUACUGUACGGCCCGGCUGUGGUGUUAUUUAUUUUGUUGGGGGUCGAAAUUUUUGUGGCAUUGGACGUUAUGAGAAAUCCCUACCGUUUGUCGACAGUGUUUCUGGAUGAACUAAAAGCUAGAAAACCUUCGAAGUACGUUGUCAAAGUGUUGAGGUCCAUGCGACCGCUGGAAGUUAGUAUUGGCGUAUUCACCAAGGUGCGAAGAGAUACGGGUUUGAUAAUGUACAAGAUUAUUGCGGAUUUCACCUUUACGGCUUUAUUAACGAUAUGAGAUAAUUAUGUUCUAAAUGAAAACAUGGAAGAUAAGAUGAGAAUUUAGCAAUAUAGAUAUUUUGAAAAUGUUGCCAGCGUUACAGUCAAUAUUUGGAUGCACAUUUUUUUUAAGACGGGUGCAACCACGUGUAAUCAAUGUAUUCUUGUAUGGUGAAUCAUCAUGUUUAUAGAUUUGGAAAUACAUGAGUAUCUAGUAACCAAAGAAGAUAAGUUGUAAUUUGAGAUUCAGGGAGAAAUACUAUGUACAAACACUAAACUCGCUUUCUCAUUUAGGUAUGUACCUUUUGUUUGCCGAGAGACAUGUACGUACACACGCAAGUUUUAUGUCCCGUGAUAACAAAACUUGUUAAUUCAUAUUUACCUACAUUCGUAUGUAUGUGCUCAACUUUAUGAAAUCGUUGUCACAAAUUGUGACAACGAUUUCAUUUGAAAAACUUUGAACUUGUACGUAUUGUGACUCACAAUAUGUACAAGUUCAAAAGACUCCAAUUACAUAAUUGCAAAAUCUUGAAGCUUUAUUUUUUCAUACAUAGAUUUUUUGUUAACAUUUAUAUUAUCCAUAAUGUCAACAUAUUUCCCUGGUUUACAUAAUUUCAUAAAUUAAAAGAUUAAUUGGAUCCUGAUUAGAUCAAAAAUAAAUCAAUUUGGUUAUCAAGUCCUGAGAAUAUUUACCUAAAUAUUACCCAUCAUAUUUCUGGUUUAAAUAAUUCAUUUACAAAUUUAUCAAAUUUUGCUCGGAAUGUAUUGCACAAAUAUAUUUAAACAUGUUGGUAAUAAAGGGCAUAGUGAAAUACUCGACAGCAUAUUAUGCUAUGUCUUGGAAAUUAUUGUAGUCAAGUAAUCAUCGUCAGCGUAAACAACGUCAGAACUAUAUGUGUCACGUAUGACUAACAGGAAAUCUUGAUAAAUUUGACUGUAUAUUUAUGUCAUUUACUGUGAUAAAUUUGAUUAACCUUUGAAACUCUGGGUCGUGUUAUGACACACACCCAGGAAUUACGUACAUAUGUACGCCCUCAACUGCGAAAUCGGGGAUUGUUGGACUCUGAUUCAUUCAGACUAAUCUAGAAAGCAGACACGUGUCAAAUGCAUUUGGCAUGUAACAUGUUUGCAAUAUACAAACCUAGAUAUGUAUGUAUGCAUCUCGCUGAUUACACUAAUCGCGAAAAGGUGUGUAUGCAUCUGAAUAAAAGUUGAUACAUGCUUGACAAGUAUUAGAUACGUGUGGCUAUGCAUGUACAGCAGACAAACAGAUCAUGUCUAACACUCUACUUAAUUACCCGAAAUUCGUUACUUUCAUCAAAGUUUCAUUCAAUAUCCUAUAUUUAUUUCCUAGUUUACGGUAAAAAAUUAAAGUGUGUCAUAAUUUUUGGCAAUGGUCGCUCAUCACAGAGCAAUAUUUUUAGGACUGAAAAUCAUCUUUAUUGCGGACAUUGUUGCCAGCGUUUUUAAACUAAUAUGCGGCGCAUAUUACGUGGGGAUGGGAUUCAAGGAAAAGAACAUCGAUGAUAAAAUACCUGCUGAUGAACGGAGUGAUAUCGCCGGGCUUGAGCAUACGCUUUACUUUCUUUCGGGGUCGUUCAUAAUUAUUUUUGCCAUCCUGAAGUUGAUACACGGUUCUUUCUCCUUGUACAUGCACAGAUUGGAAACUGCAUCUAAAACACCACGAAAGUUCAAACUUUUCUCGUGUUGUGGAAUGCUCGCAAUAUUAAUUUAUGGUGGAAAUUUAGGCAUAACAAUUGCCGCUGCUGUUCUAGAUACAAGAAUAGAAAACGCUAAAUGGCGCAGCCCUGUCGCCUGGACGUUAGCAUCGAUAGAGGCGACGAUAAUUUUAAACAUGAUAAUUUUAAGAAUGUUGAUAAGAGGGGUUAGCGAAGACGGUGCGAGUUAAAGGAAAUAUUUAUGCAAUCAAUUUCUAACAAAUUAAGCAAUAAAAUUUUGAAUUUGAGUUGGAUCCUG